AUGGCCGUAUUCAAUUGCGUUGAUUGUCUCCAUCUUCAACUUUAUCGUGAUAGUAAAGACAAAUGUAAAAAUGGACCCACUAAAGCAUCUUUAUCUCUGGAAGGUUUUUUGGGGAUGGAAACUGGGUUUACCUUGGAUAAAGAAAGUAACACCAUGGCUCUCAUUUGCUCUGAAGUUGUUGUUAUUCUUGCGUUUGAUUCUAGAGAGCUGUUGAUACAAUGGCAAGUUAAAAUUCGCUCUAAUUUAGUUGAAGAUCAACAAUUCUUAGUGCAAGUGAGCCAUGUACCAGUGAAAAGUAAAAUAGCGUGUGGUCCAGCAAGACUUCAUCUUCAAGAUUACGCUUUCUGUUUAACAUCUAAUGUACCACCCAGAUUAUUAGGUACAUGGCCCAUCAAAGAAUUAAGAAGAUUUGGAGUGGUGGAUGGGAAAUUUUGUUUCGAAGGAGGAUCACGAUGCGGGAAAGGAGAAGGGGUUCACGUAUUACUAACAAAUCAAGCGGAGGAAUUGGCACAAGCUUUCGAACUAGCAUCGAAAGGAAAGUUAUUAAGAAAAAGAAAGCUACCUUUAAGAAAGCAUUCCGUAAUGGAAAGUUCUACUUGCGGUUCGAGUCAUCCCAAGUAUUAUAAGAAUACCGAAAGUUCAACAAAUAGAGUUCAAAACAAAGAUAACUGCGAUGCAUGUUCGGUGCAUUUGUCAAGCGAGAAGAAAGAAGACACGUAUAUGCCUCGAGCCCCUUGCAGCGAACAUUAUAGAUGGAUGGGAUCAGAAUCGCAAAGUGGAGAAAAUGAUGAAGUGUCUCUAACUUUACACAACUUCCAUCUGCCUACUCAGAGAUAUUCAAUUUUCGGCAGCAGGUCAUUAUGUCAUUGCUCAAAGUGUGGUAGACAGUAUUACAGGAGAGACGGUAUGCCAAUUAGUGAGAGAGCUACUGAUAAUGAAGGAUUUACUCCGAAGUGGACGAUGGACUUAGCCGUCUUAACGCAAUCACAGCAUCCCAGAAAUCCGCCUAAGGACAGAUCAUCAAUGUGUUCUCAGAGCAGUGCCACUAGUAGCAGUAGUAGUGGUACCGCUUCCUCCGAUUACUCUGUUCCUAGGUCGUCAGCUGACGGAUUUUACGACCGUCCUCGUACCAUGCACCAUUCUGGUACGACGCCACCAAAAAGUCCAACUAAAGUACACCAAAGUGCUGGAGAAUGUGUUUGUCAAAGAUGUAGUGGAGAACGAUUACCCGUCAUAUGUUCUUGCUGGAGCACAUUGCCUGUAUCUGUAUUAAGGGUAUCCGAGAACGUGACAGAUGCUAAAGGUCAAAGUAGAUCACCCUCACCUAAAAAGCCAACACAUAAAGAAGAUCUACCUUCCUGUACAUGUAGGAUAAAUCCUUAUCUUCACUAUGCCGUUCCCAAAAAUGUCUUGUGUCGAACUAACUGGAGAGAUAAUUUUUCGGAAUUAUCAGAUGCCAACCAGAGUAGAAGAAUAUCCACAGCUGGUGAAGAUUACGACAUUCCAAAAAAGCUAAAGGAAAAUAAAUUGGAAGGAAGGACCGAAUCGGAAGAUAAUGCACAUACGUGUGAUUGCCAUAAGAUUAUGUUAUGGAAAAAAAACUCAUCGGAGAGUGGUUCUUUCGUAGCUGUUCCACUUUUAUUAGAUCGAUCGUUACCGUGUGUUACAGAAUCAACUAAUAAACAACGUAGUAACAUCAAAAAUACUUGCCACGCUUGCACUAACGUGCGCAAGGAAGACGAAGGAAGAACUUCUAAUCCGGAUUACGCUAAUAUGAGGUUCAUCGAGGCUCUGAGGUUGUACGAAAACGUGUGCUGCAUCGUAACUCCGAGUAAGAAUGAUAAUCAGAAGGAGCCAAAUAAACUGAUCUCGAAAACUCUACCAUUGUAUAAAGAUUCCCGAGGUAAUUGGCAUUGCCCGGGAUGCAGAAUAGCUAGAAGUAAAGGAGAGACGAAAAGGAACGUUGCAAAUAUUUACGAGAUAAUGUCUUAUUCGUCUAGCGAAAAAGACGAUGAUAAUUACUUAGAAAUGCAACCGGUGUAUUGGGAAUCUUCCAGUAAAACCGAAAUCUCUAAAGAGGAAUCGAAAUCGGAUUCGGAAGCCAAUGUCGAUGCGAAAAAUAAUACCGAAUCUCUACCUUUAAGACCUUUUAUGCCGUUUUUGUUGCCGUGUCAGAAGAAGAAAUCGGGUGAAGAAUCGGAGACAGAAGAUAUAGAAAUUACAGAAGAGAUCCAAGGAAGAUCAGUCAGAUCGAAUUCUUUAGGAGAUUUAAAGAAAAAAGUGUUAUUAAAAUCCAAAGACUCCAAUGAAAAAACAGAAGGAUCAUCUUCGGUAGACGAAAGUAAUUUCCAAAUAAUGGGUAGCCCUAAAUUAACACCUGUAAAAAAGCACACGUUAUUGUCCAAAUUAACUUUAAGAUCGAAAGAAAAAUCGUUCAGUACCGACGAAAUAUCUCCUCCGUCUUCAGUUCCAUCCACACCAAACAAUAUGUUCCUUGAAACAUUACAUAAAUAUCCGUUCCAUAAAUCAGCAGAUUGUGUUCAAUUAAAAGAAAACUUUUCGGUAUCCGAAGAGGAUCUUACGAUAGAUCACGACAAUUAUCAUUCUAGAGAUACCGACGGGAGAGCCGUUAUAAAGAGAUCUUCUAGUGCACCCUGUAAACCCAAUACUAAAAUUAAAUCGAAUUCUUGUGAUUCUGGAAUAUCCACAACAUUAUCUAGACGCGUAGAAGUCACGGGUGACGAUAAUAAGUAUUCUAACGACGAAAGUAACGUCGUAUCUACUGAUUUAAAAUUAUCAUCUGGUAAUGCGGAUCAGAUACAGCAAUCUUGUUGCCACGUUCAGGCAAAGGGAUUAGAAGGUACCUCUAAAGCUUUACUGGUAACAGAGUGUCGAAGAUGUCAUCACUUUCUCACGUCUCCGGAACACUUUCUAUUAUUGGAUACCGGAGCGACAGCCAGCAGCAGUUCUUCUUCGGAUAUCAGUGAUUACAUCGAAACACUCUCACUCUGUUCUAGAAGUAGUAGUAGCAGUGGAAGUAGUGAUUACAUGAGGGCCGCCGACGUAUUCGGCACGAAAGGACCAGUAUUUUGUACUAGCGCCCUGAGGCCAAGAUCCGGGAAAGAAUAUCACAUGGUGGAUAGAUUAACACUACACGACACGGGACAGUUUGUCUUUGCCACACACGAUAAAACAUGCCCAAAUUGCGAGGCACAAGAAGUCGUAGACGUUAAAGAAGGUACUAGUUGUAAGACUAAUUCACCUUCUCCCGGUUACGUAAGUUCUUCACCGGGUAAUUUAGAAUGCGUAUGUUCACCCUCUAGUCAGCAUCACUUUGUUUUCCCCAAAGACGAUAAAGAAUUGAAUUAUCUUCAAGUCAACGUGGAAGAUCAGGAAACAUCGGGAGAGAUACCAAAAUAUGGGAUGGUGCAAUACGCAGUUAUAGACGUGCUGGCCACAACAGCUGCUCAAAAACUAUGUAGCGAGAGAGCCCACGAGAGACAGGAAGCAACGGACGAAGAAAGCAAUCCUUAAUUAUCAUCAUCAUCAUCAUUAUCAUCAUCAUCAUCAUCCUUUAAUAAGUAGAAUUUAGAUUUAAUGAAUCGAAGAUGUUUACAUUUUUUUCCGAAUCCCAGAUAUAUAUAUAUAUAUAUACAUCCAUACAUACAUACAUACUAUUCUUACACGCAUGAUUCUUGUAGAGCACCAAGUUUUUCUAUAGUAUAAAGUCGAUAUUGGUGCUUUUAUUAAGCCUUUUACUCUAAUAAUAAUAAUAUAAAAUAAUUGGAAAAAAUAUAUAAAUACACACACACACGUACACACGUUUAUAUAUAUAUAUAAAAAGACGAGAUCGUGUUGAAGAACUCUUCAUAGAAUCAUUUAUUAGUUUAUGAUCUAAUCA